UGUGUCAGGCCGAGGCUUGGAGGGCGCAGCUGAGAGAGGGAGCGGCAGGGACUGAAGACGUAACGUGUGGGGUGUGUGUUGUGUGUGUAAAGAACUCUGAUCGUGUAAACUGAAGGAAAGCGGAGGUAAAAGCACCGGGGGAGAGACUGUAUACGCGCAGCUAUGAGACCGCUCUGUGCAGGGUAAUGGUUCAGCCCAGACAUGCCUUACGUGGAUCGUCAGAAUCGCAAUUGUGGCUUCCUGGACAUCGAGGAGCAUGAAAACAGUGGGAAAUUUCUCCGCCGGUAUUUCAUCCUCGACACUAGUGAGAACAGCCUCCUCUGGUACAUGGACAAUCCCCAGAACCUACCAGCAGGCUCCCCUUGUGUUGGCUGUCUGAAGCUGACGUACAUAUCAAAGGUUAGCGAUGCAACCAAACUACGGCCGAAAGCCGAAUUCUGCUUUGUAGUGAAUGCUGGAAUGAGAAAGUACUUCCUCCAGGCCAACGACCAACAAGACUUGGUAGAAUGGAUCAAUGUGCUGAACAAAGCUACAAAAAUAACAGUACCAAAAUCUUAUGACUCGCUGGGUGUCACUGACAGUCUGAACAACCAGACAGAUGGGGGGGCAAAAAAGCAGAUAUCUUACCGGACUGAGAUUGUUGGUGGUGUGCCAAUUAUUACCCCAACACAGCAAGAACUCAGUGAAUGUGCGAACACAGGGGAUCGGGGCAAUCUGAAGCGCACUCAGAGUCAGCUUCCCUGCUCACCCUCCCGCCACUCUGAGAGCAGCGUGAUAAAAGCCGGCUACUGUGUGAAGCAGGGGGCUGUGAUGAAGAACUGGAAACGAAGAUAUUUUGUUCUUGACGAGAACACAAUAGGAUAUUUUAAAUCCGAAAUGGACAGGGAUCCUCUCCGUGUGAUACAGCUCAGAGAAGUGCAGAAGGUACAAGAGUGCAAACAGAGUGACAACAUGCUGAGAGACAACCUGCUUGAAAUCGUAACCACUUUCAGAACAUUCUUUGUACAGGCUGACAGCCCAGAUGAAAUGCACAGCUGGAUUCGAGCCAUUUCUGGUGCUAUUGUGGCACAGCGUGGGCCUGCUAGAUCUGCCGCCUCUAUACGACAGGUCAGACGCCUUUCGAAUCCCUGUAUUCCAAGGAGGCCCCAAAUUCUGAACAUGGCGCACCCUCUCGUUCCUUCGCUCUCCCUCACUCAGCCGCCAGAGCUCAGCUGUCUGACUCCGGAAUGCCUUACCUCGAGAGGGAAGAAUCGAACUCUGUUAGCAAGGCCCAAUCAGGAUACAGCAAGGUCCAGACUCUCUCUGCAGGAAACCAGCUUGACAAAAUGACCCCUGCCUCGGUCACCAUGCAUAGCAACCGUCGAGAACAUCUGCUUUUGGAUUUAGAUGAUGCCAGCCUACCAGUCACUGAUGUGUGAUCAUCAUCUGCCACAUAUUUGUGUGCUGUAAGGGGAGGGGGAGCAAUAUAUUUUAGGGCAAUUUCAACUUUAGUUCAUAACUGUAUAAGCCAUUGAGCAGCACCCAUCCCAUCUGUGAAAGGGAAUUGUGCCUGCUAAAUGGUUUAUAGAUGGCAUUGUGCAGAGAAAACAUUCCCAAGAACUAUUUUCUUUUGUAACCAAAAACAUUUUUUUUUUGAGCAGGUUCCCCUGUGUAUGGAACGGUGUGUGGCUCAGGUCAAUAGAUAGAUAGGAACGUGUCCAUGGAGUGCCUUGUUGCUCUUUUAGAGGUUUAUGUACAAAGCUGUGGUAGAAUUAUUCUUGGCACUCUCACUGCAGCUAAACAGAUCUGUGGGCGAACCACAUGUUUCUGAUAUUUUAAAUGCUUUUAAUAUGUUUUUUUUUUUUUUUUGCUUAUUCAGUAUUUUUCAUAUCCGUUGUGACACAGUGCUGCUAAAAGCAAUAAUCGGAGUUCCCAAGGUAAGGCAGAUAAUCUCUGGGGGGUCUACCGAAAAAUACAAUGGAGCAGGCACUCAAAUGAAGGCAAUCUUCUACCAGGUAGUUGAAGCAAAGUAAGGGUCAGGAAACAUUUAGGGACAUUAUCGCCCGGCGACAAAUCUCCUCUUCUUCGUGGAUACUAAUCUCCCCCAACUGCCUCCCGCCGGCUAGAAUGUAAAUCGCCGGCGGGAUGGCCCCCCUGGAGCGCUUCGUUUUCUGAAGUUGGCUCACGAGGAAACUUUGGGUGACUUCGGAAUACGAUUUACAUUCUAGCCGGCGGGAGGCAGUUCGGGGAGAUUAGUCGCCCCGAAGAAGAAGAGAUUUUUUUGCCGGGAGACUAAUCUUCCCAAAUCUGAACCUGUGCCCUGACCCUAAAAAAGUUUAUUUAUGUCCACAGCCUUACGUAUUACAAACAUUUAGUCAUGCUAUACACAGGUAUUUAAACAUAUAUGCACCAAUCAAAACAACACAUCAAUUUCCCAAUGAUCCAAUCACCAGGCUCCCCAUAUGAACCAAUGCCUAUGUGCAGCUUACUCUGGGGGUCUCCCAAAUCCAAGACCAUUAUCGUAUAUUUUGCACAUUGUUUCCAAAUGCCACAAAUCUGAAAGCCACAAUGAGGUACGCUUGAGAGUAUAAGAACUCUUCAUUUAUAAGCACCUGGCAACCAAUCAAAUGUUUGUUUUCAUUGUUCAAUCAGCAGCUGCCUGUAAAAAGCCAGUCACUGAUUGGUUGCUACGGGUAACUGCCGUUGUGCAAAUUUGCCCAGUGUUUAUAAAUAAGCCCCUCUGUGCCUAGUCUAUAUUUUGGCAUUUUAAUAGUUGAGCCUGGGUUUUGCCCUGCCUCCUGUGUCUCAAGUGCCUGCUUUAGUAGUCCUUGUGCUGUGAGACUGUUAUGUCACGUGUACUGCUGAUUCUAACAGAUCUACUGUAAUCCUGUGCUUCCCCUUUAUAACCCUUCUUCGAAAAAAAAGUUGUUGUUUUUUUGUUUUUUUUAAUGGUUUUAUUUUAUAUGUUUUUGUGGGCGUUGGGGGGUGCUUUCUAAUUUAUAAAGUUUUCUUUCUAAAUAACGUGGGUGAGAAUGCCCAUUUAAAAUAUCUUUAUCACUGGAAAUAAACCUGUCUUUUUCAGUAAA